AUGGGAAUAAAGAAUAUUGGUUUGGUCCUAGCAUUAUUCCUAGCAUUUUUGUUUCUGGAUGGGCCGUUUCUUUGCAUGGCUGAUCACCACGAAAUCACCUUUGAUCUGGAGAUGAAACCUUUUAACAAGCUGUGUAACGGGACCAUCAACAAAUUGGUUGUGGGCGACUUCCCUGGCCCACAAAUUAAUGUCAGCAGAGGCGAUACGGCUUCUAUUACCGUUAGGAAUAACGAAGACUAUAAUGUUACCAUUCACUGGCAUGGAUUAUCGCAACGAAAAAAUCCAUGGUCAGAUGGUCCUGAGUAUAUUACACAAUGUCCUAUCCAACCAAAAAGUGAGUUCACUUAUGAGAUUAAAUUUGAGGAUGAAGAGGGAACUCUAUGGUGGCAUGCCCAUAGUGACUGGGUACGUGCCACAGUACAUGGUGCCAUUGUUGUUAAACCUGCUGAGGGAACAACUUAUCCAUUUGAUGAGCCAGCAGACGAUUUUGUAGUCAUACUCGGGGAAUGGUACAAGAGAGACAUGAACUCAACGGUCAUUGAUACCUUGGAAAUAGGAGGUGAUCCAGACAAAUCAGAUUCUUACACUAUCAAUGGUUUUCCAGGACCUCAAGACAACUGCCCCAAAAGUGCAUAUAGUAUUAUGGUUAUACAUGGCAAGACAUAUCUUCUCCGCAUAGUGAAUGCGGCGAUGAAUGAAGAAAUGUUCUUUGGAAUCCAAGACCACAACAUCACGGUGGUGGGUCAAGAUGGCGCAUACAUAAAGCCCAUAGACACCAGUUACAUCAUGAUUACCCCAGGACAAACAAUGGACGUGUUGCUCAAAGCAGACCGUCCGUUUGGUUCCUAUUACAUGGUUGCUAGCCCUUUUUUUGAUUCAUCGGCUCCGUACGAUGCAAACGUAACUUCAGGAAUUGUGCAUUACGGUGUGGAAUCAGCUGUGAGUCCUAGUCCUAGUCCUAGUCCUGCAACAGACAACUUCCCUGUCUAUCCAUCAUUCCUUCCUCGUGUCAAAGCUAGGGAAGCCGCAGACGACUUCACAAAAAGAAUAAGGUUUCGGGAAACUCCACAACUACCGAUGGAUGUCCCAAAAGAAAUUGAUGAAAGAAUCUUCAUCACAGUUUCUGUAAAUGAGUUGCCUUGUGAAAAACUUAAUUCCUGUGGAGCUGGGGCAGAUGGUAAUAGCAGGCACUAUGCAAGCUUAAACAACAUAAGUUUGCUGACCCCAACAAGGGAUAUAUUGGAUGCAUACUACGACAACUUUAUCGCCAAUGCCCCUUCUCCUGCUCCUCUUCCUUUUGACACUGAUUUUCCGGCUUUUCCUCCUACUACUUUUGACUACACAGGAGCUAAUCUGCCCGAACCAACCAUGUUAGGGACCAAGGUAUUGAUGAUAGAGUAUGGUAAAAAUGUGGAAAUAGUGUUCCAAGGGACUAAUAUUGGGAAUCCAGAGAACCAUCCAAUGCAUCUUCAUGGUUAUAGCUUCUACUUGGUUGGGACGGGUUGUGGGAACUUUUACACGGACGACCCUAAUUACCAUCAUGAUUACAAUUUAGUUGAUCCACCCAAAGUUAACACAAUUGGAGUUCCCAAAGGUGGUUGGGCUGCGAUUAGAUUUAAAGCUGAUAAUCCUGGGGUUUGGUUUAUGCAUUGUCAUUUGGAAAGGCACGCCAGUUGGGGUAUGGCCGGAGUCCUCAUUGUGAAGAAUGGAGAACAAGAAGAUGAAAAAAUGAAUAGUCCUCCAUCUGGUGGUAUGCCUAAAUGUUGAGUCUUUUAGAAAAUGAUUCGGUCCAAUCUCUAUGUGCCACCUCCAACUGUUUUGCUUGUUACUGUUUAGUUUGUUUUAGAAAAAUGUUUCGGUUCAAUCUCUAAGGGGCACCUCUAAUUGGUUUGCCUGUUUGUUUAGUGUGUUUUAGAAAAUGUUUCAGUGUGAUCUCAUAAGGACUCGAAGAAUGGAAAGCGUAUUGAAUUAGGUCUUUUAA